GCUCGUCGGCAGAGCUGACGCCAUCUUCCUGUAGCUGGUUUGUUUUGGUGUGUGUUGUCUCCAUUUGGAUCCCGUUUGCUGAAUUAGCGGUCGACCUGACGGAGCAGAAAUCAUGGGAAGAAAGAAGAAAAAGCAAAUGAAGCCUUGGUGCUGGUACUGUAAUAGAGAUUUUGACGAUGAAAAAAUUCUCAUUCAGCACCAAAAGGCCAAACAUUUUAAGUGCCACAUCUGUCAUAAGAAGCUGUACACCGGCCCUGGACUCGCUAUUCACUGCAUGCAGGUGCACAAAGACACCAUUGAUGGAGUUCCUAAUGCAAUACCUGGAAGAACAGAUAUUGAACUGGAAAUAUAUGGCAUGGAGGGUAUUCCUGAGAAAGACAUGGAGGAGAGAAGAAGACUGCUGGAGCAAAAGAACCAAGAGUUUCAGAAGAAAAAGCAGAACCAAGAUGACUCUGAUGAAGACGAUGAGGACGAUGAGCCUGGCACCUCGUUCCAGCAGCCUCCUGCAUGUCAGCCACAGGGAGGUUACAUCCCGCCCCUCACCCAGCCCGGCAUGCCCCCCGGCUCUGGUGUGCCAGGAAUACCACCAGGUGGAUACUCAGGUAUUCACCCGAUGAUACCCGGUGCUCCACCAAUGAUGCCAGGAUUACCCCCUGUGAUCCCAGGAAUGCCUCCAGGCAUGAUACCAAUGGGUAGGAUGAUGCCUCCAAUGAUGCCGGGCGUGCCCCCAGGCAUCCCUCCUCCAGUGGGCCACCGUCCCGGCAUCACACACAUGCCUCAGGUUCCUCCUGCUGCAGGUGUCCUGACCAGACCUGCAGUCGCUGCUGCCAGUGCCCUCUCAGUCCAGCCCGACUUAACAAAACCUCUCUUCCCCAGUGUUGGACAGAGCCAACAGACGGUGUCAGCGUCCCCCCACACUUCCCCCCCCGCCACCUCCGACCCCUCCAAGCCCACAUUCCCCGCCUACACUCAGGCCACUGCAGCCGUGGCCAGUCCCAAGGCCGGCGGCAGCACGCUCUCUAAACCUCCCUCCACUGUGACCAGUAAGCCCGCCACCCUCACCAUCUCCACUGGUACCAGUAAGUUGAUCCACCCAGAUGAAGAUCUCUCUCUGGAAGAGCUGCGGGCUCAGCUGCCCAGGUACCAGUGCAGUCUCCCCCGCCAAGGCCAGAGCGUUUCUGCUGCCGCCCCGUCAGCGGCUGCCGUCGGCAGCAUAAUGGCUCCUCAGCAACUCACCGCGGCAAAUCCCAUACCUGGCCAGUUUGGAGGUCCGUCACAGGGGAUGCCGGCGUAUGUACCAGGCCAGAUGCCUCUAUUCGGACAGGCCCCUCCCGCGGUUCCUCCAGGGUUUCAGGGAGCCCCUCCACGUCCACCCAUGGGUAUGAGGCCUCCUGUCAUGUCUCCUGGAGGUCGCUACUGAAGUCUGUUCUUCUCUCUUCAAUAGGUUUGGACACUGAACCAUUUUCUUAUGUGCUCAGCUGCUAUCAGAUACAGCAGUAUUGGUAUAGCAGUGCCACACUGUACUGACUAUUCUACUACUAAGCUAUGUGGAGGAGAUGCUGAAUAAACAGCAAGCAGAAGAGCUAUACAGGCAUCAUAGAGCACAUGGGAAAUAUAUGCACUGUAUCUAACUGUUUAACCUGAUUCUGAUCCAAUACAAUCUCUGUUCUUUGGCUUUUUUUCCUUCUCAUGUUUCAUUCAGGUGUAGAGAAGUGUAGUAGAUAUGGUUCGUAGUAUUGUGAAGGCGCUGGAGUAACAUGGGCAGUACCCCUCCCCCCCUUUAUCAAGGCAAGUUUUAUGUAAAUACAUUUCUGUUAUAAGCUGAAUGAUGGGGCCUUCACAGCACGUAGUGCUGUUGGACUUCUGUCCCCAACUUUGUUUGGUGAGGGCUUCCAGGAACUGUUCAUGUUUUCGUUAUGUUUUCUGUUCAUGGUUUUAAGAGGAAAAUGGUCACUUAACCGUAAGUAGAUGAGAAAUUAAAUGAAACGAUACAUGUACUGUUGUGAAACUGUAUUCUAAUAAACUCUGGGAAAAAUUUAAGACUCCUUUUUUGCACGAUGUUAGUGGGUAAAGAGACGGCGCAGCAGGUUUGUACUCAUUUCUAAACCAUGUGACAUUUGUUUUUUUCUUGUCUUGGAGGUGAAUCAGUAACAGAAAUGUUUUGCUUUUGAAAAGUUCCAAUUAAGCUCUGAUUGUAAACAGUCAGUUAAAUCUACACGUCUCUGUACGUCGCACCGGCUGAGUGAGUGCGUUGUGCAGCUGAAGUGACAUCCGAGUCGAGAGUGACUGCAGUGCUAAAACCCAGAUUUCUCUUCUCCCUGUAGCAAUGCCAUGGGAAACUGGUUGAUUCCCUCUCUCAGUGUAGCCCUGUUUCAGCCCGAGGCAAGUGUCACUAUUUUCUGUCUUCUCAUUCAUUACCAGGGGCCCUCACAGCGCACACGCUGUUGGAUAUCCAUGUCCCCAAACUUGCAGCAAGUUUGGCGAAGGCCCUUGUUUGCUAUGUUGCAUCUAAGUAUCACAUUCUUCAGCCAUGUUAGCUCAUGUAGAUCAAAAAAUCUUUCCUGUUAGGCUGUUUUCUGUCAUAUCUUCCAUAUUUUCACCGAUGAGAGCACCAGGAAGCUUUGCUUUCAUUUACUAGCUCUUUCCUGUCCUGAGUAUUUAGAGCUUUUAAAUGAAACUCCUCUCUUUUAAAGCUUUGUAUUUUUCUCCCUCACUGUACAGUCUUGGCUUGGUCAACAGUCUUAAUACCCGCAGCCACUUUUUGAAUUAAAUGUGUGCUGGGAAGUGUGGAUGAACCAAUAACUUCUAUGUUU